UCAUCUCAAAAAUGUAAAUUCAAAUUGCUAAACAACCAAAUUUUCAGUUAGAAGGGUCUACUUUUCAAUCUCGGCCAGAAAAUGUCCAUUACUCUGAAGCGGAGAACGGUGAUUUCGCCGCAGGACCUCCUGAAGACACUCACUUUAUCUGGUGAAGAGGAUCUGGACCUGCAGAUCAAGAACUGGGUGAUGUGGGACCGCAAUGAGGCGACGCUGCACCAGGUGACCGAGGCGGUGAAGGAUCAGGAUUGGGAGGCUCUGCGGGUGAGGCUGUGCCACAGGAUCACCUAUUUGUCCACUGGCCUGAGGGGUGGAAUGCGGGCUGGCUUCGACUCGCUGAACGAUGUGGUGAUCAUCGAGGUGGCCCAAGGCAUUUGUGCCUACCUCCUGGAUGUCUAUCCCAGUAUCCAGAAGCGGCAAACCCAGGGCGUGGUGGUGGGCUACGAUGGAAGGUACAAUAGCAAGCGAUUCGCCCAGCUCAUCACCACCGUGCUGGCAAACAAUGACUUCAAGGUGUACCUCUUCACCCGGAUGACUCCCACACCCUUCAUCCCUUUCUCCAUUGUGACCCUAAAGUGUUUGGCGGGUGUGGUGGUCACCGCAUCACAUAAUCCCAAGGAGGACAAUGGCAUCAAGGUGUACUGGACAAAUGGAGCUCAAGCGAUGGCGCCGCACGAUCAACGGAUUCACGAUUACAUGCUGAACAACCUGGAGCCAAAGCCUUCGUCCUGGGAAACUUCAUCGCUGAUUGAUCAUCAGUUUGUGGAGGAUCCCUACCGUCAGAUAUAUCCGCUUUUCUAUGCAACUUUGAAGAAGCUAGUGCCUCCGAUUUAUCUGGAGACCAACGAGUGCAGUCAGUUAAGGUUCAUCUACACAGCUCUCCAUGGAGUGGGCUAUCCCUUCAUGAGGGAGGCCUUCUACCAGGCAAGACUUAAGCCCGUGAUUCCAGUGCUCGAGCAAAAGGAUCCGGACCCGGAGUUCCCCACAUUGACCAAGCCCAAUCCGGAAGAGGGCAGGGAAGCCCUAAAGCUGGCCAUCAAGAAGGCGGAGGCGGAGCACUGCACCCUGGUCCUGGCCAAUGAUCCGGAUGGUGAUCGCCUGGCCGUUGCGGAAUUGGAUCCCCGAGGUCGCUGGAAGGUGUUCAAUGGCAACGAACUGGGCGCUUUGCUGGGAUGGUGGUCCCUGGAGAACUACAAGACCAUGACGGACAAGCCGGCGGUUUCCAAUUGCGUAAUGUUGGCCACGCUGGUCAGCUCGCGAAUCCUGGCGGCGAUGGCUCGAACGGAGGGAUUCGUUUUCGUGGAGGGAAUGACGAGCUUUUCCUGGUUGGCUAAUCGGGCCUUGGACCUGCAAAAAUCCGGAAGGACGGUGCUCUUUGCCUUUGAGGAGUGCUUUGGCUACAUGUUCGGGAUGAGUCUGCCGGAUAAGGAUGGAAUCGGAGCAGCCAUGCAAUUGGCCACCAUGGCCUGUCAUCUGCGCAGCUCCCGGAAUGUGACCCUGAUCGAGAAGCUGAGGGAGAUCUACGAUACCUACGGCUACCACUCCUCGGUUUCGUCCGUUUUCAUGGCUGACAGUCCAGAUACAAUCACAGCGAUCUUUGAACACUUGCGCAAUUUCACGGAUGAAGGUGGCUAUCCCAUUUGUAUUUUGGAGGGCGAAUUCGAUGUGGUCCAUGUCCGGGACUUGACCACUGGACUGGACACCUCCGUGGACGACCAAAAGGCCCGCCUGCCCGUCAAUCCAGAUGCCCAACUGAUCACCUUUACCUUCACCAAUGGCUAUAUAGUCACCCUGCGAUCGGCUGGCGGCGAUGAUAUCAAGAUAAAACUCAAUGCAGAGAUAUGCGGUUUGCCGCAGGAGAAGGAGUGGGACGAGCUCCACGACAAGCUCAAUCGGAUGACCAACGCCGUGGUCGAGGAGUUCCUCGAUCCCGAGGAGAACGGACUCACCGAUUCUUCGGUGAUUGUACAACCUUAAUUUCACGCUCGGUUUAUUUAGAUCUUUUUUUUAAAUAAAGGCUAGUUAAUACAA